GAUUACAAUGAUGCUGAAGCCAGGACAGAGACAAAUAAAUGACUAUCCCGAACAAACGAAAUACGUGGCUGUUUGGAAAUUGGAAUUGGAUCUGUGGACUGGACUGGACCCCACAUUGUUGUGGCAAAACCCCAAUACAUAAAGGGAUAAGACAUCAUCAUCGUUCAUCGGUGAUCACGAACACGAACGUCUUGAUGGCCUCCUACUCCAACUCCGUUACAGUUGGAGUUGGUUCCUUAACAACUUGUCCAUUCACUAGAGCCAGAACAUGUUGCACUCACGUUCAUGUUGUCACUCCAAAUGCAAAAUCCAGAGGCACUCUUUCUCUCAGUUUAUUCAAUCUGUCCAGGAGUAGAAGCUUAGAUAUUCUGUCUAGUCCCACUGGGACAAAUCUCAGACACCUCAAUACGCCACUUUCAGCUCUUAAUUCAGGGUUAGAAGCAUCAAUUACAGAUCCCAACGAAAAAACAGCUGUGUUAACAGAUGCCAAAAUAGUUGUAGAAUCCGAAGAUGAAAAUAAGAUACAAUUAAGAGUGGACUUGACUGGUGAUCAAACACAAAAGGUAUUUGACCGUAUCCUCGCAAAUUUGGCUCGUACUGCCCCGCCAGUUCCUGGAUUUCGCAUGCAAAAAGGAGGUAAGAAGCUGCAUUAUUGA